AUGAUCAAGAACCUUGUGGCUUCUUCGACUGAAGAGGAAGAAGAAGCGUCUGGUUCGGAAGAAGAAGAAUCUGGUUCGGAAGAAGGAGAGUCUGGUUCGUUUGAAGAAGAGUAUGGUUCGUUUGAAGAAGAAUCUGAGUCUUCCGAUGAGGACGACGAGCAAAUAAGUGACAUGCAUACAAGUGUUGUUGCCAAGAAUGUCGGAGCGGAAAUCAACACAAAGCCAGGGAUCUCUGAACCCGUGAAAUCCAAAUCAAGUGACAUGGCUCCACCGGAGAACUCGACGGCGAAAGUUUCUUUGGAUAAGCCCAUUCAGAAGAAAGUUGCUCCUCUCAAGAGGCAUCAUGAAGCUGACUCAAAAGGUGAAUCUGAUUCCGAGCCUGCCAAGAACAAGAUGAAGCCUGACAACAAAUUGAGUGAUNAAACGGANAAGAAGCCUCUAAUUCAGAGGAUAUUCACCGAAGAAGANGAAGUGGCUCUGCUNAAAGGUAUUCUUAAGUUCAUCUCCACAGGUGGAGACCUAAGUCACAAUAUGGAUGGUUUUUGUCAUGAUAUCAAAAGUAAAAUCUCUUUUAACGCUUCGAAAGAUCAGUUAGCUAACAAGGUCAAAAGAGUGAAGAAUAGAUUUGAUAAAGUUGUUAAUAGUUCCCUUAAAAAGGGAAAAGGUGGAGAAGAAAACAUCAUGUUUUCUAAACAUUCUAACCAGGAAGUUUUCGAUUUGUCGAAAAAAAUUUGGGGAAGCAAUGGUGUUCUUGCUUGCAAAUCAAGGAUGAAGCUUGGAGGAGAGAACCCAAAGGAGGAGAUCUCAAAGGGAGAAGUGAAAAAAUCAGUGAUAGUAUCCUUUAUCUUGGCAGAGAAUGCAACAUCUAUUACUUUCGAUGAAUCAACUUUGCAUGAAAGUUGGGAUAUGAUUGCGGAAGGACCAACGAAGAUAGUUGCGAAGAUAAAAAUCAAGAAGAUCAACGCAUUCCAAGCGGAGCUAUGUGUAAUGAGGUCAAGAAUAGUAGCCGAGGCCACAAAGCUAGUAUUCAAAGAUCAUGCUUCCUCUUUCGGUGGUAACUAG